AUACAAAUUAUUUCACAAUAUUUUCAUCAAACGUUUCAAAUUUAUUUUCUCUAGGAAACUUAAAAAUUGACUAUAAAACAUGGGUGGAUACCUCUCAUCACCUCAAAUACUUACUCGUAAGAUGCCUGGGCAAUUUAAAGUCGGAUGCAUGGAUCUUAUGAUUGAGGAAGCAGCUGGCUCGGGACUUUUCAUGAGAUUGUUCUUUCCAACGGAUUCUGAGAUCACUGGCCCCUCAUCUCUCCCUGUGUGGAUACCUAGACCAGAAUACGCCUAUGGUGUAGGAGAAUAUCUGGGACAUUCCCCUCAUCAAAUGGAUCUUAUUUCAUCGUUAGUCAUCGGCGACAAAAGAGUGGAUUGUAUUGACAAUGCACAACUAUCCACGAAAAGUGACAAAUGGCCAGUCUUAGUGUUUUCACACGGUCUUGGCGGCUCUCGAACAUUCUACUCAACAUAUUGCACAUCUCUUGCUUCACAUGGAUAUGUUGUCGCUGCUGUUGAGCAUAGAGAUUCUUCCGCUUGCUGGACCUAUAAACUUGUUGAAAAAAAUGGGACUCUUGUUGAGAAACCUAUGAAAAUCAAGUUAGUCGACAGAAAUGAUAAGGAUCAGUUUAAGAUAAGAAAUGAACAGGUCGGGAAACGGGCCGAAGAAUGUGCGAAGGCGGUUAAAAUCUUGGAGCAGUUGGAUUCUGGAAACGUUAAAGAUAAAGUUAUCAUUGGAAACAACGCAAAUCUGGAAUUUUUCAAGAAUAAGCUUCUCACGACGACUGCGUCAAUUAUUGGUCACUCUUUUGGAGGUGCAACUAGCAUUGCCUCUUCUUCCUCGGAUUUCCAAAAAGCAAUUGUAUUGGAUGGAUGGAUGUAUCCAUUGGAUCAAAAUCAACAGGAGCAGGCAAAACAGCCGAUAAUGUUCCUAAAUGUUGGAGAUUGGCAGUGGAAUGAGAAUUUGGAAGUUAUGAGGAAAAUUCUUCCAAAUAACGAAGGAAACAUUCUCUUGACUUUAAGUGGAGCUGUUCAUCAGAGUUUUACCGAUUUCCCAUUUGUUUUUCCAAAUUGGCUCGCCAAGCAGUUCGGAGUUCAUGGACCUACUGAGCCAUAUCUCUGUAUGCAAUCUGCAAUUGAACUCACAUUGUCAUUUUUGAAAGAUGGGAAAGAUGGUGUUCAGAAGUUGAAAGAUGAAAAGUACACUACAUUCAUCACUAAUGAGAUUUACGGUCGGGUGAAACUCAUUGUGUGAGUUCCAGAAAUGAGCUAUUAAUCGAUCAACACUGAACGUCAGAUUUUCAAUGAAGUAAAUAAAAUUUCAUGAAAUAACUUAUUAUUCAAAACAUCAAUAAA